AUGUCUAUUGGUGCACGUAUUAAAGAAGCAGGAAUAAUUAAGGGUAAAGUUGUUGAAGUACUAUUAGAUCGCCCUGAACCUGGGACAAGCGCUAAAGUCGACAGACUCACACUUAAGACAACCGAAAUGGAAGCAGUAUACGAUUUAGGUCAGAAAAUGAUUGAGCCUCUAACAAAGGAAAAAGUUCAUGCAGAUGAUGUAAUCACUGUAGACAAACCUUCUGGAAAAGUGACAAAACUAGGUCUGUCAUUCACCAAAGCUCGAGAUUUUGAUGCCACAGGUGGUCAGACAAAGUUUGUUCACUGUUCGGAAUGA